GGUCUGGCGGUCUUCAUGGGAAUAUUCCAAGCUUGACAGGGUUCUCCUCUAAUUAUUGCUUAAAUAGAGGCCCUUCUGGGCUCCUUUUCAGCAGCACCACAUCCCCUCCCCCUUUCCUGACCACCGCCUCUGCCGAUCCACUUCAUCCUUUGGGGCCCGAGUAGCAUUCCGAUUCGCGAGAGAGCUUGACCUCCCCCACAACCCACACACUCCCCGUUUUUUUUUCGUCGCUUUCAACGACUCAUUCCCGCCUCGAUGAUUCCCCUCGCUGACAAUAGUCAAGCCCCUUCCACCACCACCACCAUCAUGCGUUCACGAUCCGGGUCAUCUCUGGAACGUGUCUCCGAUGCAGUCGAUCAAGUGAACCUGCUCAAGAGCAAGCUGAACAAGACUGAACGCGUCGUCGUUGCCGACGCCAGUACUCAAGAAGAGUCGUCUUGGAAUACCCUCAGCACGUUUGAUUCUCAGAAGGAUAAGACUCAGUUUAGACAAUACGUCGAUGCCACCGAUACCGUCAAAGCCUUUUAUGCUGAACAACACACCAAACAAACCGUUGCAUUCAAUAUCGACGUUCGCGUCAAACACCGCAUACGUCCAAAAAUCAAAAUGUCCGUAUGGGAAGCUAUCGAGAAAUUGAAUACUUUGAUCGACGAGUCUGAUCCGGAUACUCAUUUGAGUCAAAUUGAGCAUUUGUUACAAACUGCCGAAGCCAUAAGGAGGGAUGGGAAACCGGAGUGGAUGCAAGUCGUCGGGUUAACUCACGACUUGGGCAAGUUGCUCUUUUUCCUAGGAUCACAGGGUCAAUGGGACGUCGUCGGAGAUACUUUUGUUGUCGGGUGCAAGUUUGACGAGCGAAUCAUUUAUCAUGACACCUUCGUUGCCAAUCCAGACUUCAACGAUCCAACUUUCUCAACAGUAAACGGGGUGUACACUCCUGGAUGCGGACUUGACAAUGUCAUGCUAAGUUAUGGUCACGACGAGUAUCUCUACCAAGUCUUCCGAGAGCAGAGUACCCUUCCCGAAGAAGGUCUCGCCAUGAUCCGAUAUCACAGUUUUUAUCCAUGGCACCGCGAGGGUGCUUACACUCACUUGAUGGAACCCCGAGAUUACAAAUACCUCGAAGCGGUCCGAGCAUUCAAUCCAUACGAUCUAUAUUCCAAAGCGGAUGCGCCUAUGCCCGUCGAGCAACUCAAACCUUAUUAUAUGGAAUUGAUCGAAAAGUUCUUCCCUUCGGUGUUGGAGUGGUAGCCCUGCUAUUCAUAUAUGGACGGGGGUCAGGGGGGGUUCUUUUUUUUCUUCGUUGAUUGAUUUUGUGCUGGACACACUUCCUUUGGGUCUCUCCGCAGCUGGAUACCCUAAUGUGUUUUGUGCCGGGGGGCAAACAGCAGAAAUAGGAGUCAUCUUUGGAUCUUGGAGCGUGUGUUGAUGGUGUUAUAUAGCUUAGCUUAGUUCAGAUGAGUAUAGGUAUAGUGGUACUGAUAGAGGUAUAUAGUUUGGUUUUGUCGAUCCUAUCACCAACCAAAGCCUGUUUUAACUUAAUAUAUACAUAGUCAAAAGGGAUUU